AUGAACAUCUGGAACUACACGAAAAAGUCUGACUUCAUCCUCAUGGGACUGACAGAUUCCAAAGAGAUGCAGCUAGUCCUAGCUGUGCUAUUUCUCCUGAUAUACCUGGUCACUGUGCUGGGGAACACAGGCAUGAUGCUGAUCAUCUGUUUAGAUGCUCAACUUCACACCCCAAUGUACUUCUUCCUAAGCCAUUUGUCAUUCCUUGAUCUCAGUUACUCAACUGUCAUCACACCCAACACUUUACAGAAUCUGCUGACAUCCACCAAAAUCAUUUCCUUUAUUGGCUGUUUCACUCAGAUGUAUGCUUUUGUCCUCUUGGCUGCUGCUGAAUGUUUUCUUCUUGCUUCAAUGGCCUUUGAUCGAUAUGUGGCAAUAUGCAACCCUCUACACUACCCAGUUAUCAUGUCCAGAAGAUUCUGUAGUACCCUUAUCACUGGUUCCUAUAUGAUUGGAACUAUGGACUCCACUGUUAAUAUAUUUUGUAUGAACACUAUAUAUUUCUGCAGAUCCAAAGUAAUCCAUCACUUUUUUUGUGACACAUCCCCAAUUUUAGCAUUGUCUUGCAAUGAUACACGUAACAUUCAAAUUAUUAUGUUCAUCUUUGCUGGUUCCACUCUAGUGGUUUCUCUUACCACGAUAUCUGCAUCCUAUGUGUCUAUUCUCUCUACUAUUUUGAAGAUCAAUUCCACUUCAGGAAAGCACAAAGCCUUCUCCACUUGUGCUUCUCAUCUCCUAGGAGUCACUGUCUUUUAUGGUACUAUGAUUUUUACUUAUUUGAAACCAAGCAAUUCCUACUCCUUGGGAAAGGAUCAAGUGGCUUCUGUGUUUUAUACUAUUGUGAUCCCCAUGUUAAACCCACUCAUUUAUAGCCUCAGAAACAAAGAAGUGAAAAAUGCUGUCCAUAGAGUUAUCAAAAAGCAGAAAGACUCAAGGCUUAAAUUCAGACAGGCACUAAGUGAUUAA